UCCCAGCCCACAGUUUUCCUCGUCUUCACCUCCCUGCCAUCCUGUGCAGCCAGUCCCUACCUCCUCUUUCCCCUCGGCCCUGCCUCCCGUGCGCUGCUGCCCGACUCUCACUCACAUGGCCCUGCUAGCCGCGUUGCUCCUGAGCACAGCCCUGGGCGCCUUACUCAGCUUCGCGCUCCUGGCAGCGGCUGUCGCCAGCGACUACUGGUACAUCCUGGAGGUGGCGGACGCUGGCGGCCCGGGCGGCGCACAGCUCUCCUCGCAUUCCGGGCUCUGGCGCACCUGUGAAGGUGAGCUACACGGAGACCCCUUGGUCCUGCCCUUAGCCUCUCUAGGUCUAGACCAUGGCCCUUCAACCAAGCGACUCCUAUCCCUGCACCGCACAGUCAUGGUAAUCUUGCCUCUGAGCCUUGUCCUCAUCGUGUGUGGUUGGGUCUGCGGCUUGCUCGGCUCCCUGUCCCAGAGUGUCCCCCUGCUGCUGGCCACUGGCUGCUACUUCCUGCUAGGGGGCGCCCUGACCCUGGCGGGGCUCAGCGUCUAUAUCAGCUACUCACACCUGGCUUUCGUGGAGGCGGCCCGCCUGUACGGCAUGCAGCACAUGCAGGGCGUGCACAUCAGCUUUGGCUGGUCCCUGGCGCUGGCCUGGGGCUCCUGCGUCUCGGAGGUGCUCAGUGGCGCCCUCCUGAUCACUGCUGCCCGACUCCUCAGCCUGAGCCAUAACCCAGGAAUGCCUCACUCUGUGAUCCUCUGA